AUGGCACGAAAUUAUACACCGGAAAAGGUGGAAAAAAUGAAAAAUUACAAAAGAUCAGGAUCGAAAGCUGGCAUGGAAAUGGAUGCGUUGGCGGCACGAAUGGAUCUUUUACCCCAUCCUCCACCUCCCCAUCCACCUCCUCCUCCACCCCAUCCUCCGCCUCCAUUACCCCAUCUGGAUCCACCCCAUGGAUCACCUCCUCCCCAUCCACCUCCUCCAUUUCCACCCCAUCCACUGUCACCACCUCCAAAGUCAUCACGACCCCAUCCUCCACGUGGUGGUUGA